GUAGAACACAUGCGUUUUACAGCAUGGCGACAUCCAUUGUGCGAAGUAACAGGGAGGGACCUAAACGACCGGACUUUUCAAAUGUGGGUUGUUAUUUUCCAACAAAGGUCAUUGUGAAAUCGAGUCACUGUCAGCAUUAUAUGUCAAGUGUCACUUAGUGAUUUGAAAAAGCAUUGAACACUGAAUGCAACAUGCUGGUGUCAUGAAAACACUAUCUACAUGGUACCAAUUCAGCACACACAGUUUUACUCCACUUUUACUCUGCACUGAUGUCUGUUGGGUUACAGUUUGGUGGGUCUCUCCUCACACAAAGACUGGUGCGGAUAUGUGUCACCUGCAUUGGCCAGCAGGGAUACAGGCAGCUCCAUCCCAAAAGUCAACUCCCUAGAUGUACACUGUACAUAAGGAGCUUCGGGACUGAUCCUAAGGGGGAGAAAGGGGAAAAUGAGAAUGGGAGCAAAACAACAGACAACCCUGACCCCUCACCCCAGACUCUAACCCCUAUGCACACCCUGGGAAGAGGUUUGUUUGGUAAAAGGCGACCCCUCUCGCCCUUGGAGAGGAUUAACCGCCUUUUGCCCCAGGACUCCAUAGCCCCAGAGGUGUUGCAGCUGAGAGAGGAGAACCAGGAAGUGGAACAGAGGGAAUCCGAUGGGGUUGGGGUUCAAAAAGACCACAAGACCCACAGCUCACAAGGAGAAGUAGAAAGUGCAGAGCCAGAGGUGCACAUAGGACAUGACACAGUUCGAGCGAGAGAAGAAAAAGAGGAGGGUACUGUCAUUGAUAACACAGUACUAGAGCCAAAUGGUUGCCCGAUUCUCAGAGAGGGAACAAAUUCUUCGCAAGAGGAGGGAUACGUGACUCCUAUGACGCCCACCCUUCUUCCCGGGGAGCAUUUACUCACUUUCGGGGAACUACUUUUGGCAGAGUACCGGAAGAAAGGCCGCGUGGAGUUUAGGAAGAUGUUUCAGCUGCAGGAUGGGCAACGUCUCCAGAGCAGUUGGGGCACCAUCGGGCACAGUGACAUUGCCGGCCGCCACGCGGGAGACUUCAUUCGGACCAUCCACGGGACACCCAUCCUUAUACGCCGGCCCAACCUGGAGGAAUACGUGCUGUAUAUGAAGAGGGGGCCGGCAAUCGCCUAUCCAAAGGAUGCCAGUACAAUGCUGAUGAUGAUGGAUGUCACAGAGGGAGACUGUGUGUUGGAGUCAGGCUCCGGGUCGGGGGCCAUGUCACUUUUCCUGUCCCGAGCUGUGGGCUCCAAGGGCAGCGUUAUGAGUGUGGAAAUCAGGGAGGACCACCACAGACGAGCCGUGCUCAACUACAACCGCUGGCGUUCCUCCUGGAUCCUGCGGCGAGGAGAGGAAUGGCCCGACAACGUCCAGUUUCUGAACGCCGACCUGCAGGGGGCAUCCUUGCUCCUUGCCGGGCGAGGCUUUCACUCUAUUGCUCUGGAUAUGGUAAGCCCUCAUUUGGUUUUGCCCACUGUGACUCCACAUCUCCAUCCCGGAGCAGUUUGUGCUGUCUACCUAGCCAAUAUAACGCAGGUCAUUGAUCUACUGGAGGGACUCCGAUGGUCUGCCCUCCCCAUGCUGUGUGAACGCAUCAUCGAAGUGCAGCUCAGGGAUUGGCUGUUGGCCCCGGCAAUCCAGAAAGAUGGGCGGUUCUGCCGCAGGAAAGCCCCUCCCUCAGCGAGAAGCCAGGAGGAAGAGGAGAAAGGAGAGAAUGACAAAUCAGAUGAAAAAAAAGAAUACACCAGCAGUCCGGAACCCGCACCAUAUGGGAGUGUCCCUUACAUUGCUCGACCUCACCCGGAGCAAGCUAGCCACACAGCGUUCCUGGUGAAACUGAGGAAGAGUCAGGGGUAGCUAGCCUCCUUCCUCGCAUGUGAAGACUCAUGAGAAGAGCGAUUUGGAUAUUUUCUAUUAAUCAAUAAAUGUGAGUUGCCUUGUCUGAGAACAUUUUGGGUGAUUUGGUACUGCAGAGGAAAAUGUAGUGGUUUAGUUGUCCUAAAAUCAGUUGAGAUAUAAUAGAAAUUCAUACUGCUUGACAACACUUCAAAUAUAAAGACUAAAUAAAACACCAAACUAAUGGGGACAUAAGAAGCCUUUAUUGAAAUGCCAUUUGACUGGCACCUUAGUAUCACAGAACAACCCCAUUGGCCAAUAAAGCCUUCACUCAUGGAUCAAAUGCUGUACAUAUCCAUCCAGCAGAUUUACAUUUAAGGAAUUGGUCCAUUACAGGAUCCAAAUAGUCCAUUACAGGAUCCAAAUAUUCAACCAAUGUGCCCACCACUAACUGUGCAAGACCUUGAAGUGCUCCAGCAAAUAAAUAAACAAGUGUUUUGAGUGA